ACAGGCGUUACGCCGUCCAUCUUGACAGCUGCUUCACACUCGCUUGGACCGCGGCAUUUUUUUUUCUUCACACGGCGGAAAUGAACAUCAAGUUCGUGGCUGAAAGUUUCUUUUCCUCUUUUCUGUCGUGGAAGGCCAGUCGCAUGCAGACACAAUGAGAGAGAAAGCGAGGCGCUUUUCCACGCGAACCUUUCCCUCUGAAGUCCACUUUGUUCUGCUCGGCGCUCAGAUGCUACUUUAGAUGCCUCUCCGCACAUUUCCGUUAUGCGAAGUCCAACUUGGUGGUUAGUCGUCGUGCUGCGGUGGGUGCCCGUCCGAGAUAACGGAGAACUGAUUCUCUGCCAGUCUGGUUACUGCAAUGAAUGGUAACACUAUCCAUCCAGCCAACACCACUUCAGCAGGAGGAGGUCAGAGCAUAGCGGCGCCACCCAGAGGCUGGCGGGAGUUCUGUGAGCUGCAUGCCAUCGCCACCGCCCGGCAGCUGGCUGGAUAUUACCGGAGCUUCGCCAGUGAGCGCCCGCAGCAUGAACUGGUCCCGCCGGAAACCUUCUCCAAGCACUUCACCAACCUCUUCCAGCAGCACUUCUGCCAGGAAGUCGACAAAGAUGGCGCCUCCGGAAGCGCCUCCGCCACAGCUCCCUCGCCACACGCCCUGAUUAACCAGCUGCGGCACUCGACUUUGUCACAGGACUACCGGGAGGCGAAGAGGUCAAGCGGAGGAGCCGCGUCAAUAUCCGCGGUACCGAAAGUGGAGCCGGUAGUGGUGAGUCCAGAGCCGGAGCUGCCGCUGAGAUGCGCUGCCAGAAACUCCUUUUCCGGGUUGCGAAGUGUCAGCGGUGGGUCGCUGCUGAUUCAGAGCCGCAGCAAUGACGAGAUCUCGACUGCUGAUCGUCACCAGCCGACCGAGCGCCACUCCUCGGACUCUUCGGUGUCGGGUUCUGGAGGACACGGCGACGUCACGCAUUUCCCUGUCACGCAGAUCCAAAAGACAGUGCAGCGGUUUUUCCAGAAAAGUCAAUCCCGCAGCUCCCACUCCUCCCAGGACCUGUCUCCUAGCAACCCCAACCCCGCCACCGCCAUCAACAGCUCCUCAAACAACGGCGACAGAGUGGACGAAGGCUCGUCCUCAUCCUCUUCCUCCCAAUCGUUCUCUUUUCAAAACUCAGAGGAUCUGGCCGCGUUGCACCGGCCCAAAGUCGUCUCGCAUUUCCUGAAGGGUUUCCGUUGGUUACGCAGCAAAAGUAUGCGGCUCCGGAGGCUGGACAGGAGCGACUGCUGCAAGGAGGGCCAGCUCAAGUACCUGCUGGUGGAUGACACUAUCUCGGACUCUCAGCCCCACUGGCAACGCUGCCGCCUGCUGGUCAGGAGGAUCAGAGACGCUCAAAGUGGAGGGGGCAGAGCAGAAAGCGAGAGGUACCAGCUGGAGCUGUACGAUCCCCCAAAGGCCUCAUGUCCCAAACUGACAACUCACUGCUCAGAUAUCCAAGAAGUCCGUCGCUGCACCCGACUGGAGAUGCCCGACAACUUAAACACAUUCGUUUUAAAGGUUAAUCGAGGGAGUCUGAUAUUUGAGACGGACAACGACCAGCAGGUCAGCUCCUGGACCACAGAGCUAAAAGAAUGCAUCAGCAACAGGUCAGGCAGUGUGGAUCUGGAGUGCCCCCUGUCCUCAGCUGACAGCUCUGCUCCAGCCAAUCAGAGGAGGAGCUCAGACUCAGGACGUCAGAGCCCCGUCACCUUCGCCCUCCCUGAGCAGGUCAUCCAUAAGGCCGACGACUUCCUGGUUUCUUUCCCCUGGUUUCAUGGCCCCAUCUCUCGAGUUAAGGCAGCCCACCUGGUCCAGAGCUCCGGACCCGAAGGCCACGGCGUGUUUCUGGUCCGGCAGAGCGAGACGCGGAGAGGAGACUUCGUCCUCACGUUCAACUACCAGGGAAAAGCAAAGCACCUGCGCCUCUCUCUGAACGAAUGGGGUCAAUGCAGGGUGCAGCACCUGCGCUUCCCCUCCGUCAUGGACAUGCUCAGCCACUUCCGCCUCUACCCCAUCCCCCUGGAGUGCGGAGCAGCCGGAGCUGUCACGCUGUCCAGCUUUGUCCUGGCCGGGUCCACUCCCCCCUCACAGGGCCAGCUCCCCGGCGCGCUCCUCGUCCCCUUCUCCCUCCAUCGGUGGAGCUCUGAGCCCAGCUUGGCUCGCUGCAGCCUGGCUCGCAGCUCCAGCCAGCCCCCCGCCUUCGCCCCGUCCCCCACCGGCACCACCUCCGGCCCCGGCUCCUUCUCCCAGUUUGGCCGCGCCGUCCCGAACCCGGAGGCCGCGCCGUCGGCGCCCGCCCACCUGCGCCGGAGCGAGUCGGUGGGGAGGCGGCCCCUGCUGCGCAACCCCAACCCUCACACUCCCAUCAUCCCUCAGCGGGACUCGGACUACGAACUGGAGCCCGACCGCGGUCGCAAGCGGGCGAUAGACAACCAGUACAUGUUGCUCUGACCCUCCCCUCGGUGAAGACGCGGUCACAGCGAUCGCUCGAAUGAAGAGCGUUGCCUUCAUCGGGAUGAGAACGAAGCCAACGAACACGAGGGAACGAAUCCAAACAAGACGGACAAAUGCAAAAUACGCAAAAGAACAAGUUUGCCUCACCCUCAGAACCUCCAGUGUCCACAAUGAAUGUAUUUUUGGACUUUAAUAAGAGUGUUGACGACGAUGAUUAAUCUUGUUUUCGAUCGACGAAAGAGAGAAAGUUUAUUAACACCUGUUGUGAUUUUCUUGUUAGUGCACUUGAUGUUAUUUCUGAAACGAUGGGAAAUCACUUUGCGCUCCUUUUGGGAAAACUUAGGGCAUGAACUUUCCGCACAAAGUUCCCAAAGCGGAGGAAAGCCUCCACCUUUCGACACAAACGAAGCUGCGCUCUUUUUUCCUCGUGGGAUCAAAUUCUGCUCUUCCUCUUUGUGCAUUAUUAAGCAUCUAAGUGCGCAUCAGUGUCAGUGCACUUUGUACACUUUGUGUAUUUUUUCUAUACACUCAAUCUUUUGUAGAAAAAUUUUUGAAAAUAACUAAAAAGGAGAAAAGAGGUAGUUCUAGAAUCUAGAUCGCUGUUAAAAAGAAGAAACAGGAUUCGGGAUUUUCAUGUCGGCUGAAGCUGAGUUUGUGAUCCGAGUCUGGAUGUGAGAUGAGCAAAGCGAACCGUAAAGAAAUUAUGUCACCAAAAUGAUGAUGAAUUAAAAGAAAAUGCCACAAAAUCAAACAAACUGGAGUGACAGUGAAAGUUUAGAAAAUGUUCAAAUCUGGAUUUUAACGUUGGCCAUAAUGCUGGCUCCACAUUCUGCUGCAGAAACCUGAGAAAUGAUCAUUUCUGACAGAAAGCUGUUUAUUCUUCUAGAAAUCACUCGAUCAGUUUAAUCUCACCUGUCCAAUACGUCGCUUAUGCAUUAGUGGUGAAACGUUUCACUGUUUUGCAGAGUUAGAUGAACGGAAAUAAGAGCAAUGUCUUCAUUUCUACACUAGAUUCUCGUCUGAUUGAACGUCACUAAUUUGCUGACUCGUCAUUAUUUACAUCAGCAGCUUGUAAACUAACAUGUUAAAAUAGAUAAAUGAUUACAGAAUUAGCAUUUUAAACUAGAUUUAACAUUAGAAAACUCGUCAUUUUAAAACUACAUCUUUUAAUUUUAACGUGUCUUUGUUCGUUUUGUUUUUAUGGAAGGAUUUUACGACUUUUUCCGUAAAGAAGUUGAUUUUACCUGGACUAAAAAAUUUGUUCGAGGCGCUGCAUAAAUUAUUCCAUGUUUAUUAAAUUAUAAUGUCAAAUCAGAGUCAGCCUGGAGGGCGUCGAGGGCAGCAGGAUCCAGCUAUAUUCACAUAUUUAAGGGGCGAGCGUUCGUCUCGUCCCCUAAAUAGCGCUAAACAAUCCGUGAAGAACUUGACUCCACUUUCUUGUUUUUGUGGCAUACGGUGAGGGAAUACUCCGCAGCACUUCCAGACACAAACAAUGAUUGGACUGAAUCGAGAGUCCACAUGAUUUGUCCUCUUUCCAACAGAGACGUUUGGUUUUCGGUGACGUUUCCCCUCCCCAGUUUCAGGCACCUUCCUCCAUUCUGGUAGCAGCGUUAUGUCUUAGCUUUACGUUUUUUUACACUUACAGCAUUAAUUCUUUGUAUUUUCUCUCACUUCACCAUAGCAGCUGAAACCAAAAGAGCUGCAAAGAGUCAUGUUUUUUUUUUUUUUUUACACUAGAUGUAUUUUCUAAUCGAUUAUUAUAUGUUUUUAAAAGGAAAGUUUUGUAAACAGAGUUUCGAAAGGUGUUUAAAUGUGGCGUGGGAUGUUGCAGAACCACUAACAUUAAUAAUUAAAGGUGCCUUUAUGAAAGGUUUAAAACCAUAAUUUUGACCACAAUAUGCAACUCAGGUGUGCGUUUUAGUGAAUGAAGCCUUUAACCAAAACCCAGCGUUCUCCGUCAUUCUCCAUCCCAAACUUUAGAGAAGUCAAAGAUUAUCUGUAACUUUCACAUCCACUCGCGGCGGGAUGAGUUUGGGAUCUUCUAACUUUGCUUUAACACUAACUCCCGCAGAUUAUUUUACAUUUGCUCACAGUAAACUUACGCCUAAAGUUUGGUGUGUCUUUCUCUGCAGCUUCCUGUUUCGUUUUUUCCUCUUGGUUUUGAUAGUUUUUGUAGUAAUAGACCAGCUUCUUUUUUUUAUCUUUUUUUUUUUUUUCUACCAAAGUUAACAUUUGUUGGUUUACUUAAUGGUUGUUGCGUCCUGUGUUAUUGUGAUCUAGACUGACAUCUUUUAAGGGGAACAAAAACGAGGUUGUUUUUGGUCUUCCUGCCUUUAUGUGUCUGAACAGAUUCCUUCGUCACCUCUGUUUCAUUUCUGCUAAAGCAGAGCAACGGUAAACGCAAAAAAUAAAAGAGAAGAAAACUAUUCUGAGCACCAGUCUCGUAUCCUCUCUCGCUCUUCUUAGUUAAUGUCUUUUUUUGAUAAUUAUUAUUAUUCCUGGGAGAGUGACUGUGCCUUUGCCAGAAAGCUGCUGUUGCUUUUCCCCCCUCCUCCAGAGCUCAGGGUGUGAUCGUGCCGUGCAAUAAAUGAAAGAUGCUUCACACCGCGCUGCGUGGAAGAAUUAGGUGCUUAUAUAUCCGCUUGUAGACCAAAAAACCAGUCAAAUUCAAACAGAAAACCUGCUGCAAAACAACCACAGCUGCCAGAUUUUACUUUAUUUUUAUAUACUUCUAUACCAGCUUAAAGUGUUAUCAAGGUGUCAUUAGCCCUGAUCGCCUCCCCUCCCCGUCGUAUUGCUGAUUUCAUCCAGUCGAUGAAU